AUGACCGACUCGGGUUCUAUCAAGCUCGCAACUACAGACAUUGCCGUCUUCGAAGUCGAUGCGACAGCCGGUGGUGACGCUGUCACGACGAUAUCCCAUUCUCAUCGUGGACUUCGCCCGAGGCACUUGCAGCUCAUAGCCAUAUCUGGCGCCAUUGGAUCUUCGGUUUUCAUCUCCAUUGGAGGUCCACUGACAGGCGGACCUUUGGCUCUCUUGAUAGGGGUUUCUUUAUGGGCGACGGUCGUCUGGGCGAUAAGCAACUUUUUGGUGGAGAUGAGCACGUUGCUGCCUAUAGACGGCGGCUUUGUUCACUACAGUAGUCGCUUCCUUGACCAGUCUAUCGGCUUUGCGCUUGGCUGGAAUUACUUUGUCACUCAAGUGGCUCUCAUAGCGACUGAGCUUACAUCCUUCAACGUACUGGUUGCGUACUGGGCGCCCGAUUUGCAUCCAGCGAUAUGUAUAUCUGUGGGGCUUGUCCUACUUCUUGUAGUGCAAGUGGUGAAUGUUCGGGUAUACGGCGAAACAGAAUUCUGGAUCAGUAUCUUGAAAGUAUUCUUGAUAGUCGGAAUGUUUAUAUUCACAAUUGUCACCAUGCUAGGAGGAAAUCCGCUCCAUGACAGAUAUGGAUUUCGAUUCUGGAAAGAUCCUGGUGCCUUUGCGGCUUCCACUCCCACUGGUAGAGCCUAUGACGUGUGGCAUGCCGUGCAAUGGGGCGCUUAUGGUAUCGUGGGCCCCGAUUAUAUCGCGCUCGUCGCCGGAGAGGUGAAAGAUCCUCGUCGUGUCCUCCCAAAAGCUUUCAAAUCUACCAUCUACCGUAUCAUUGCUUUCUACGUUGGUGGCGCGCUCUUUGUGGGGAUAAACGCUCCUUAUAACGACGACAACCUCCUCAGUGCCUCGUCCAACACUGCUCGCUCACCCUAUGUCAUCAAUAUGAACCGCUUAGGGAUCCCCGUCCUGCCCGACAUUCUGACUGCAGGAAUAUUGCUUUCACUAUUCUCGUCGGGAUCCUCGAUGUCAUUCGCGGCUAGCCGAACACUGUAUGGUCUCGGUCUUCAAGGUCAGGCACCCAAAUUCGUCACGAAAGUCAACAAGCACGGUCUACCCUAUGUCUGUGUUCUUAUAACUCUAGCUCUGUCUUGCUUGUCAUAUCUCGCCGUAUCCAACGACCGUCGCACAACAGUCCUCCAGUGGCUGAUCAACUUGACCACCGCUACACAGCUCAUCACCUGGAUCGUCGUGGCUGCCUCUUAUCUUCGAUUCCGAGCCGGUCUGGUGGCUCAGGGUAUCGGCCUUGACUUUUUACCUGCUCGAGGAUUGAUCCCUCGGUUCUCGGCCUGGUAUACAUUGGUUUGGUCCGCUUUUGCUCUUAUUUUCAGUGGCUAUACCUUCUUUGGACCUGGUGAAUUCGUUGUCACAGAUUUCAUCUUUACAUACGGGGCAGUCUUCAUUUUCAUCUGCUGCUACGCCGGGUGGAAGUUGAAAGACUUUUUGCGCAAUGGAUCGAUCACGUGGGGUGUCGAGGCCAAAGAUAUGGACUUUGAGAGUAAUAUCGAGGAGAUUGACGCCAUUACCCUCGCGGCUGAGGAGAAGAGAGCGACAAAGCCUUUGUCGAAAUUUCAACACGUCACCCGUAGAGUGUUUAGAACUCCUUCGUAG